AUGGCGUAUCAAUUCUUCGCCAAAGGGCAGGCGAAACAACAACGAACAGCAACAACACCCUCUACGCCUCUUUCGCCUCCUUCUUUACAGACCUCCUCAUUGAGCAAGCAGCCGCCGAUACAUCCUCCGCCUCUAGUGCUCCCGCAGUCGACCUCGUCGUCCGUGUCCAAUAAAACCCCUUCGAUCGGUGACCCGGCGUUUCAACCCCUCCCUUUUACAGAACCCAUAACUAGCUACCAAACUCCGCACCCGCAUAUCACCAUCGACCAGGUCCGCACUGCUCAUAUCCCUUCUCUUAGUCGAAUUACAGGACUUCUUCUGCCCAUACGCUACCCGGGCUCAUUUUACACGGCAUGUAUUACCGACCCAGUCAUUGCGUCGAUAUCCCGCGUAGCCGUCUACCAUGAUCAUCCUGUUACAGCGGGCCCGACUGUUGAAACCACCUUUGCAGGACAAUCACCAGCAAAAGCUGGGGCUCUAGGAGGGACAGAUAAAGUCAUUGGAGGUAUCAGAUGCCGACUGGAAAAACUUCCCGUAACAUUUGCGGGAAAUCCUACAUCGGAGGAAAGGCCCCCUAUAAACUUAUACAUACAAACUCUCCAUCUUCUCUCCCCACACCGGGGCAAUGGUGUUGCAGCUUCCUUACUUCAUUCCUUUUUAUUUUCUCAACCCCCUUCCGAAUCCGAGAAAUCCUCAUAUCGUGUCUCUUCGCUCGUGAAACACUAUAAUAUUCGCACGGUAACCGCUCACGUCCAGGAAACAAACGAUGACGCUCUGAAAUGGUAUACUUCUCGGGGAUUCUACAUUGAAGAUGGUGUUGUGCAGGGCUAUUACCGACGACUCAAUCCUGGCGGAGCUAGAAUUGUCAGAUUUGAUCUCAACUGGGAAAGAGAAGAGGCGCAAAACCAAGAAUCGUUCUCUCAUUCGAAAAUAAUAGAUACCAAAACAGAAGACGGGGACGAAGAUGACGGUUGGGAAAAGUUGGAAGCGGAAGAUGACGAUGCCGAUGAUCACGGUAUCAUUCAUCUUGCUGACAGUCGCGCCCUUGACAGUGGGGAAGAUUCGCAAUCCACAACAAACUCCGUGAAAAGAAAACGAGAAACUGAGGAUGACAUACAGAGGAGCGGGAAACAUUAG